AUGUUCAGCUUCAUUGCCGACGGGUUGACCGUCGCCACCACCGUCCUCUUCCCCAUCUUCGCCUCGUACAAAGCCCUACACACCUCGGAUCCCGCUCUCCUCGCCCCGUGGCUCAUAUACUUCGUUGUCCUCAGCAUCUUGACGAUCGUCGAGAACACCUUCGACUUCAUCCUCAGCUGGGUGCCCUUCUACUCUUGGAUCCGUUUCUUCAUCCAUCUCUACCUCAUCUUACCGGGCUCCCAGGGCGCUUCUUUCCUCUAUCAGGAAUAUAUCGAGCCGUUCCUGUACCACCAUGAAAGGGAGAUUGACGACUUUAUAAGCGAGAGCCAUGAUCGUGCGAGGAAGGCGGGGAUGGUGUAUAUCGAGAUGGGGAUUGAGUGGGUGAAGGUUAAUCUCUUGGGAUUCGCGCCCAGACAGCCUGAUCAACCGAGGCCCGCGGGACAGACUUAUGCGCAGAGCUUGAUGACCAGAUUUCAGAUGCCCUCUGCAAGAGGAAGUAACGACUUGUAUGGCCUGGUCAAUCAGGCGCUCAGCGGAGCAAGCGCUCUCUAUGGAGCUGGGAAUAAGGACGCGCAAGCUGCGGAUCUGAGCCGCGGCGCGGCGCGGCUGGUCCCGGACUCAAUCCGCAACAAUGACGAUAGACUAAACUACGUCACAUCGCAGCGCCAGCGUCUUGAGACGCUUCUCCAAGCAUUCGACCACGAGCAGGAGAACAUCCGCACACAACAAUCAGGUGGAAGCAGAUACUACGAGAGCAGCAGUGGCGGUCUGUCGAGGAACAGGAGCGAAGCCGAGUUCGACAGGAUCGAGCGCGAUGAGAUCAGCUCGGGCUCUGAGCGACCUCCAUACCCCACUACACCACCACCCCUAGGCCGACAAACGAGCACUGGCUGGAUGCCGUGGAACUGGCAGCGUCAGACUCAGCCCUACGAUGACCCGCUAGCAUAUGGCAAAGAACCUGGGGACUCGAGGAGCAGUGACAUAAGGAAUAGGGCGAGGGCAAGCGGCUUCGACCUCGGGGAUCGUUAG